AUGCUCCCCCUGGCUCCCCUGACCCUGGGCAGCUCCUUCUGGUUUCUUCUUCCAGUUACCCUCGUGGAAAAGCCCAAGACACCGAGGCAUGGGGAGAACCAGCCUGCCAGCCCUCUGUCCUCCAAUGGCAAGACACAGGGCAAGGGGAAGGAGGAGAAUGCGAGCAGCGACACAGUCUCCACUGGGGAAAAUGACAUGGGACAGAACGGGGGACGGAGUGGCAUGGGACGGAGGGGCAUGGGAUGGGGUAUGGGGCAGAAGGACACGAGACGAAAUAUGCAGUGGGGUGACACGGGACAGAAUGACACGGAACAGAAGGACAUGGGAAGGAGUGGGCGGUGGAGCAACAGAGGACAGAAUGGCGUGGGACAGGAUGACCUAGGACAGAAUGACAUGGGACAGAAGGGCAUGGGGAGGAAUGUGAGAUGGAGUGACAGAGAAUGGAGUGACAUGGGACAGGAUGACAUGGGACAGGAUGACAUGGGACAGGAUGACAUGGAACAGAUCAAGAAUGAAGAGACCGAGAUAGACAUCUCUGAGGUAGAGGCUCUUCCCAGCUCCCUGGAUAUUCCCCCUGAGGUGACCAACAUGGGAGAGAUCAAGGAAGAAGAGACCAAGAUGAGCAUCUCCAAGAAAAAGGAUUUGGAUGGCAGUUUUACCACCUCAGAAAUGCAUCCAAGAGCCCCUGGCACCCCUGUCCCAGUGCAGCGGGUGCAGUCAGUACGAGGCCACCCAGGAUCCCAGAACCUCUGGAUCCCAGCUGACAGCACGGCUGGGCCUAGCAGUGGCAGUAGGCUCCCAGCAUCCAAGGAGGAACAUGGAGGAGGCGGCGUCAGGAUGGAGCCAUACCCAGCUGAAGCUGGACUGUAG